CACCUUCGUCGGUGCAUCAGUUGCUGCCAGUGAUAGUUCGGAUAAAUCCACUCUAACACAUGAAUGGUGUACAUAGUACUCGAUUCUGACACUCCAACAGUCAGGUGUGCUGUUCAUUCAGCAUUAAAAAAACCACAUGAUGUGUCAACGAUUCCCGCAAGUCGACGUCGCCGAUAACGGCCCCAGCGUCUCAUGUUGACCGCUCUAAGUCGUACCCAACCUUUUUCUACUCUCUGAUCUACCCCAACCAUGAGCACUGCCGAAUACCACUAUCCUGUGAUUGGCCGCAAGGGCACUGGAUGUACAUUAGAUCGCUUACCUAUCGAGACCCUGCAAAAGGAUCAUCCUCACCAAUUUGCAUUGUUCAUCCUUGCCUAUACUGCAAUUCAGCAGCGCCCUGAUGCUCCCCAAGUUAUCGAAGAGCCUGCCGCCACCUUCACAGAAAUUGCCUCAAUUCACGGAAGGCCCUUCAUUGAAUGGGCUGGUGACCGCAACAAGGACACCUCAACUGACUUUGACGACGCUGACAGGACUACUGCCAGGUUCGGAGGUUAUUGCACCCAUGGUGCCGUUGUUUUUCCUACUUGGCACCGCCCAUAUGUCAUGCUUAUUGAGCAAUCCAUCGGAAAUAUCGCCGAACAAUUGGCCCACGAUAUCGAAGCUAAAAACCCGCGCGAAGGUGGAGUGUGGGUCAAUGCUGCCAAGGAACUGCGCUUUCCAUACUGGGACUGGGCCGGCAAGGAUGUACCCGAGAAUGGGCUUCCUCCUGUUCUGUACGAGGACAAAGUGGAAAUCGUGACCGCUGGAGGUCAAAAACAAACUGUUGAUAAUCCGCUCUCAUUUUUCUCGUUCGUCGAUGGGAUCCCACAAGACUUUGAUGACAAGACGGUCAGGUCAGGGCACGUGGCAUAUUUCUCCCAGUGGAAGAGGACGUACCGCUACGCUGCUAGUGUCGUGAACCCUGAAAGCAGCGACGUAGACGCGAUGCAACAGGCGUUCAAAGCCGGGGCAGCAGAUGUAAGAAGCAAAGUUGCUCAACUCUUUACAGUCAAUGAUGACGAAGAUCCUGCGUUGGCCUGGGACGAAUUUUCUAACCAUACUCCGGAGUCAAAAAACUCCGUCUUCAACACUGGAUCACUUGAAGGCGUGCAUGACGUUGUUCAUGGAUUAUUUGGUGGAACCGGACACAUCGGUGACUCAGACUACGCCGGUUUCGAUCCUAUCUUCUACCUUCACCAUGCGAAUGUGGACAGAAUAUUGGCUCUUUGGGAGUGGUGCUACUCCGAGUACUGGAUGGAAAACGGGUAUACACUCGACGGGAAAUUAAUCCCUUGGACAAUAAAUCUCGGUACAUAUGCGAAGCCCCUCAACGCACAGCUCCUUCCAGAUGGGCCACUCCAACCAUGGCGAACGGAACAAGGGGUCUACUGGACUACUAAUCAAGCUCGAUUUUUGCAUGCAGACGCCUACCCCAAGUAUUAUUCGUAUCCCGAGUUCUCGGGCAUUAAAGUUGAUAGAGCUGCUACGUCACCCAACGAGCGUGCCUUGGGGCGCAAGAAGGUUGCAGCGUACUACGGGUUUGAUCCACAAGCUACCGCACAGCAGGUGUCGGCUCCCGCUUGGACGCAACUUCCUGUUCCAGACAAGGACCAUCCUGCUGUGCCAGAUGGCCAUACUGUUGUUCCUGGGUACCGCACAUUUGUCGUGGUUGUGAAACUUCUGGAGCAUGCCUUCAACGGCACCUAUUCAUUCCAGCUCUACCACAAAGGAAAUAGUGUUUCGGCUCCGCAGCUCAUAGGCACCGUCACAUCCUUUGCACGGCCAGACACUUCCGCUUGUAAAGCGUGUGAUAACCGUCGUGCGGCGGGAAGCGUCAUUCGCGGCAUCAUUCCAAUUCCUCCCGCAUUGAUCGAAAGUAUCAUGAAAGCGAACGGGGAUGGCACAUCGGCGGCUUCGUUUGACCAGACGCUCGCUCACAUCAAGGGGGAGCUCAUCGGAAAGAUUGUGGAUGCUUCUGGCGCUGAGCUUGCCGGGGCUAUCGGAGGCCUGGACGCCCCCCAGGUCCCAAGCCAUAAAACCACUUCUGCAAACGUUACUCCCGUUGAAAUUUCUUUGAUAUCGACUGCUGUUGCUGAACACGGAGACAAGAGUCGUCCUGUUUACAUGUUGGACUCGCAGCACCACGAUAGUGUCUUCAGCAGUGGGUGGCACGCGACUCACCGGGAUGCGGCGUGAUGCAGUAUGGUGUCCCCUUUGUGUCUUUUCCGCAAAUAAGUGAAGCUGUGAGGGAAUGCCAGAGGUUGGCGAAUGGCAAAUAUGCUUCUACGUCUUGUGCCAAUGUCUUGUACCAACGCUUUGUAACAAUCUGUCGAGCCAUAUGAUUUGUAUGAAAUUGU